ACUCCAUUCUUAUCUCAUCUAGCUUUGUUUACGCCGCCGCUGCUGCCGCCGCCGCCGCCGCCGCCGCCGCUUUUCAACUUUGGUGCCUUCUUUCCCCAUUGAGACUGGGUUUCUGGUUCUAGAUUGUUCUCUUUUGAGUGAGAUUUGUGGGCUUGGUGUCCAUUGUUUAUUUACAAGCUUUUGCUGCUUUCUUAGUCUUCAAUGUUCGUUCAGGGGGAUUGUGGAGUCGGGGUACUGAGGCGGGUCUCGAACGAGAUUCUUGAUUUCUAGUCUUAUUACUGGUUUCGGAGAAUUCUGUGCAUUUGGAUUGCGUUUUUUCAGGGGUUCUAAGCCGAUAUAAGCUGCAAUUUUCUAUUAAUCCACAGUUAUGGGUUGUUGUUUGUCCUUUUCUCGAAGAAAAGGGACUUUGGAGAAAGAGACUUUCCGACCCUGUGAAGUUGCGGGAAAUGUAAAAUUAUACUCUUUUGAAGAAUUAAAAGCAGCUACUGAAGACUUCAGUCCAGGCAAUAAAGUGGGCAAAGGAGGCUUUGGACCUGUCUUUAAGGGAACACUUUCGAAUGGGACUAAUAUUGCUGUAAAAGUGCUGUCAACUGAGUCAACACAAGGAGCGAAGGAAUUCUUAUCAGAGAUUGCUGCAAUAACAGAUAUAGUGCAUGAGAACCUUGUCAAGUUAUAUGGUGCCUGCAUGGAAGGAGAUUACAGAAUACUUGUCUACAAUUAUCUUGAGAACAAUAGUCUCGCUCAAACUCUUCUUGGUGCUAACCGCAGUAACAUUCAGUUUAGCUGGAAAACAAGAUGUAAAAUCUGCAUUGGAGUAGCACGUGGGCUUGCAUUCCUUCAUGAGGAAGUUGAACCCCACAUAGUUCAUCGUGAUAUCAAAGCAAGCAAUAUUCUUCUUGACAAAGAUCUCACUCCCAAGAUAUCAGAUUUUGGUUUAGCAAAACUGUUACCUCCAAAUGCAACCCAUGUCAGCACUCGAGUUGCAGGAACAGCUGGAUACUUGGCACCUGAGUAUGCCAUCCGCGGGCAGGUUACACGAAAGUCAGAUGUUUACAGUUUUGGAGUUCUUCUAUUGGAAAUAGUUAGCGGCAGAAGUAAUACAAACACAAGACUGCCACAUGGAGAACAAUUUCUUCUUGAUAGGGUUUGGGCACUUUACGAGCAAGAAAAACUGGAGUUGAUCAUAGAUGCAACACUAUCUGAUGACUUAGACAUCAAGAAGGCUUGCUUAUUCGUGAAGGUUGGCCUUCUGUGCACCCAAGAUUCAUCAAAUCUUCGACCCACAAUGUCCACUGUUGUGAAGAUGUUGACCGGUGAAGUAGACGUUGAGUCCAUGAAGAUUACCAAACCUGGUCUUGUUGCAGACUUCAUGGAACUGAAGGUUACAAGGAAGAAGGCAAAUGACUUGUUGUUAUCUUCAUCAUCCACCUCUUCAUCAAAUCCAGAAUCUUCAGGUAACAACACACACGGUUCAUUGACUUUCACUGCAAUUGAGAACCGAGAGUAAGAUAUUACCUCAAAUAUAGAUAUAUGAUUAUGAAAUUUUUAUUUUGUAUCUUUAGUGAUUUCUUUAUUCUUUAUGAAGUGUAUUCUGCCUUUGUUAUUGUAGAUAGAGACAAUAAAUUUGUAUAUAACCCAUGAAAGCAAUUUGCUAUGGGUAACUCAAGAGAAACACAUCAAAUGAUCUAUCUUUUUUUGUCG